AUGACACAUUUUCAAAGCCGACAUUCCAGGGAAUACGAAUGCAGUGUCAGCUUUACUGAAGACUCCUAUAUUGACAACACCCAUUGGACACUCAUGACGCAUUCCGUCUCGGCAAUCGUCUACCUAUUGGCAGCGGUCAAAUUGUAUUUCCUUCCUCAUUCGAGGCGGUUAUCUUCUCCCUGUAACUGCCUUCACCAAAGUCCCACGGAAUAUACUGUUCCCAUGUUCUUGUGCGUCACGUCAAUCUCACAUGGUUUGGCGGCUCUUCACACUGCCACUGCGAAAUCUGCCGAAGAUCUAAACCCUUUGAUAAUUGCAUCAAAUCUGUAUGCUGCAGUAGGUAGCGGCCUGGUUCUGUACCUGUCGUUGGCAGUGGUGCAGGCCACACCGGAAUGUAUCCCUAAUGUGUGGUUCAUUCUGGUGGUGGCAGCCUCAGUGGCACCUAUCUGGGCGGUGAUUUACAACUUUGAAGUCAUCGAGGGCAUCGAUCUACACAUGUGUUUCUUGGCUGCCUACUAUCUGCUACUCCCUCUGUCCUAUUCUGUCCGUAUUUUCGAAACCAUUGAAAAGAGCUUCUUUCACUACUUGUUCAAGUUUGUUGCCUUUGUGACUAUCCUCAUUUCCAUGUCCUAUACCUACAAUUUCUACUGGAAGUGCGGAUCCUACAUUGCCUAUAAGAAUUGUUUCGAGGAUUGUCCGUUGCCCCAUGGCGUCAAUCAGACAUCCUUUUUCAAUAUAACCAAAAUGAUAUCACUUGUGUGUUGGGCUUGGGCGGAAGACAGAGUGCCAUCCGUCUGUUUCAAACAAUUUGACGAGCCUGAAGACGACACGACCGUGAUUUCUGAUGGUUUUAGUUUCGAUGACGAUUUGAUGAUGGACAAAGACCAUACGAACUCUGAUGAGAUCGAGAACUUGGAAGAGCAGAAUCAUUCAUUUGAUAGUACAAGAUCGUCAACGACUGAAGAAGAUCAAAUCGACGAUUCCGACAGUGACCAACAUGACAGCUAA